AUGGAUCCGGUGCUUGCGGUUCCUUUGAGUUUUCAUAACUUCUGGGUGACGGUGCUUUGUAUUCCAGUGGUGGUCUGGGCCGUGCAGAUCGGUUGCCGUAUUCUUGUUGCCGUGUUUCUACACUAUCGGCUGAAUCUGAGCCGGCCGCUGGUUCUAGAGGGCAUGAGCAUCUUCGUGGAUGACUUCCAGCAGCUCAUUCGCCAACACUUCAACCAGAUAUUGCGAAUUCGCCGGACGGUGCCUUCAAAGGAGAUCUCCCAGAUGCAGGUCAAGGUCCAUGUCCAGCCUGAGAGCUUAGCAGUCCAGUUUCUUACGGGCGACAGUGACAGGGUCAUCGUGCAGUUUUCUGCCGACGCGUCGCAGCCCUGCACCGUGAGUCUGUUCUGGGGAGUUACCGGCCUGGCGUGCCAGGACAUGAUUCGCCGCGCGACUGAAAGGCGUGGGCAGGAGGGCCAGCUUGUCUUCGCGGACCUGGAGCGGGCAGCAUCCGCUGUGUUUCCGAGUGGCCAAUAUGCCCAUCGAUCCUCGGCAACCAUCCCGGCUGGACUUGGGCAGAAGGUGAGACUAGUUGAAGACCUGGCAACGAUCAACAGAUCGGGCUUUGACCUGCUAGAGUAUGCCAUGAGGGGCAAUCGGCCAGAAAACAUUGUGGACACCAGGAUUCCGCUCGUGAUUUGUGCGGGAGUGCCAGGGCGCGUUCUGGACGAUACGACCGCGAACGUGCAGUUGACAUUCGUGCGUUUUCGAAGCGAGGGCAGAUCUGGACCUCUUCACCCUGAAGUUGGCCGCCAGCUGGUGGCAUCCAAAGACUUGUUCCACCAAGUCUUGGGUAUUUAUGGCUUCGAAGAAGGAGACAGGGAAACCGAAUGCAUGGUUUGCUACGAUCGCCCGCGAAGUGUCGUCGUCCUGCCUUGCCGACACUGCUUCGUGUGCCCCUCCUGCCUUCGGUCCCUUCGUGACGAGAAGUGCCCCAUGUGCCGAUCGACAUUCUCUGCAUACCUCCUCUUACCUCUUCUACAACACACGCAGGCUGCCCCGCCCCCUAUACACAGAAACUUGGUGCUGAACUGA